AUGCUGACCAACAAUACUUACUCCAAAGGAUUGGAGUGUUCGCCCACAGAGGAAGAGACCCAUUACCUCCUAUACUACCGGGGCUGGCCUUCUUCCAGGUCGAUGAAUUGGAUGCAUCUCUGCGAGAUCUUGAAUGCCGUUCAAACAGGCCCAAAAUCCGACAAAGCCCUUAGGGGCAAAGCCCAAACCCUGUACCGCCUGAAAAGGUUCCGGAAAAGCUGCGAACUAUUCACGAAGCUCUGCAAGAAACACCCAGAAGACAUCAGUGCCAAGAACAAUCUUCGUGAAGCUAUUGCACGUCUCGCAGAGCAAAAUAAGGGCGGGUACAAUUUCGGCAAGAUGCAGGAGAAAGCAUCGAAAACUUACCCGCCACUCUUGGAUCAUGCGACAUGGAUUGGCCCAGUGACAGUCAGGCAAACUAAGUCUCAAGGACGAGUUCUAUGCACAACAGAGGCAGUCAAGGGCGGUGAUUUACUUCUCUGCGAGAAGGCCUUUGCAUACGCAACCGAGCACCCUAGCAAGCCAAGGUGGAGCAGCACACUCCAUGUCAACAGCGAAGCGCGGACGACCACCCGAGGAGGCCAACUCGCGCUCGCGUCGUCGAUCAUCGAAAAGCUGUACAAAACCCCACCAUUGGCAGCAGCAAUAACUAAUCUCCACAGCCUCGGAUUCAAGCAGGUCUCAACAGGCCUCGUUGAUGGCAAGCCGGUGGUAGACACAUUCCAAGUCGCCCGCAUAGUCUCCCUCGACAGCUUCGGCAGCCCAACCUCUUCGAGAGGAGACCAUACCUACAACGCGCGCGACGCAAGCGGGAGCCCCGAAAGGCUGCACAACUGCGGCAUAUGGCCCUAUGCCUCAAUGAUCAACCACUCAUGCAUGAGCAACGCACACCGCGCCUUCAUCGGCGACAUGAUGAUCAUCCGCGCAGCCACCGAUCCCCGCAAACACCGACCUGACAAUGUGAUCGCCAUGGCGCUGGAAAAGAGCUCUGAGUACAGUCACAACCCUGCUAAGAUGCUCAUUGAGCGUCUCACCGAGACGUAUCCGCACCCGCUGGAGCAGGUGCUGCGUCUUGGGUUGUGGGAGCCGCUUACUUUGAUUGCUGGGGUUUCUGACAGUCUGAAGCAGCAGAAUGAAGCUAUGGAAGCUGUGGGUCAGGCUCUCGCAGCAGUUGGGUUUGUGCUUGAGGGAGGUGUGGAAGGGCUGCUUGUUAAGAAAUGGGGCCUGGCUAUGGAUAAUCUUGUUGUUGCGUGGAUUAUCCUUUGGAGGUCUCUGCUUGAGGUUGCGCCUGAGAGGGCGAAGCAGGCGGAACGGUAUGCUCGUAUAGCUUACUUGAUUUGUGUUGGAGCGGAGGAAAGUUUUGAUGCAACCUAUGGAAUGAGCUUGAAGGUGGCUCAUGAACCUCAUGCUGAGGAAGGCCAAGUGGAAGGAUGGGUGGUUUAG